AUGCCGGUCCGCAGGGGCCACGUCGCGCCCCAAAACACUUACCUGGACACCAUCAUCCGCAAGUUCGAGGGCCAGAGUCGUAAGUUCCUGAUCGCCAAUGCUCAGAUGGAGAACUGCGCCAUCAUUUACUGCAACGAUGGCUUCUGUGAACUCUUCGGCUACUCCCGAGUGGAAGUGAUGCAGAGACCGUGCACCUGCGACUUCCUCACAGGCCCCAACACCCCACACAGUGCCAUGUCCCGCCUGGCGCAGGCCCUGCUGGGGGCCGAGGAGUGCAAGGUGGACAUCCUCUACUACCGCAAGGAUGCCUCCAGCUUCCGCUGCCUCGUGGAUGUGGUGCCCGUGAAGAAUGAGGAUGGGGCCGUCAUUAUGUUCAUCCUCAACUUUGAGGACCUGGCCCAGCUCCUGGCCAAGCGAGGGAGCCGCAACCUGUCCCAGCGCCUGCUGUCCCAGAGCUUCCUGGGCUCCGAGGGCUCUCAUGGCAGGCCGGGUGCACAGGGACCUGGCCCGGGCAGGGUCAAGUACAGGACCAUCAGCCAGAUCCCGCAGUUCACACUCAACUUUGUGGAAUUCAACCUGGAGAAGCACCGCUCGGGCUCCACCACAGAGAUUGAGAUCAUCGCACCCCACAAGGUGGUAGAGCGGACCCAGAACGUCACCGAGAAGGUCACCCAGGUGCUGUCCCUGGGUGCGGACGUGCUGCCGGAGUACCAGCUGCAGGCACCGCGCAUCCACCGCGGGACCCUCCUGCACUACAGCCCCUUCAAGGCCGUGUGGGACUGGCUCAUCCUGCUGCUGGUCAUCUACACGGCCAUCUUCACGCCCUACUCGGCCGCCUUCUUGCUCGGCGACCAGGACGAGCCUCAGCGCGCAGACUGUGGCUACACCUGCAGCCCGCUCACCACGGUGGACCUCAUCGUGGACAUCAUGUUCGUCGUGGACAUCGUCAUCAACUUCCGCACCACCUACGUCAACGCCAACGACGAGGUGGUCAGCCACCCACGCCGCAUUGCCGUCCACUACUUUAAGGGCUGGUUCCUCAUCGACAUGGUGGCCGCCAUCCCCUUUGACCUGCUCAUCUUCCGUACUGGCUCUGAUGAGACCACAACCCUGAUCGGGCUGCUGAAGACGGCUCGGCUGCUACGGCUGGUGCGUGUGGCUCGCAAGCUGGACCGCUACUCUGAGUAUGGGGCAGCCGUGCUCUUCCUGCUCAUGUGCACCUUUGCGCUCAUCGCACACUGGCUGGCCUGCAUCUGCAGCCUCACCAGCGUGGGCUUCGGCAACGUCUCGCCCAACACCAACUCGGAAAAGGUCUUCUCCAUCUGCGUCAUGCUCAUCGGCUCCCUCAUGUAUGCCAGCAUCUUCGGCAACGUGUCGGCCAUCAUCCAGCGCCUGUACUCGGGCACGGCGCGCUAUCACACGCAGAUGCUGCGAGUCAAGGAGUUCAUCCGCUUCCACCAGAUCCCCAACCCGCUGCGGCAGCGCCUCGAGGAGUACUUCCAGCACGCCUGGUCCUACACCAAUGGCAUCGACAUGAACGCGGUGCUGAAGGGCUUCCCCGAGUGCCUGCAGGCCGACAUCUGCCUGCACCUGCACCGUGCGCCGCUGCAGCACUGCCCGGCCUUCCACGGCGCCAGCAAGGGCUGCCUGCGCGCGCUCGCCGUCAAGUUCAAGACGACGCACGCGCCGCCAGGCGACACUCUGGUGCACCUCGGCGACGUGCUCUCCACGCUGUACUUCAUCUCCCGCGGCUCCAUUGAGAUCCUGCGCGGCGACGUGGUGGUGGCCAUCCUCGGAAAGAAUGACAUCUUUGGGGAGCCCGUUCGCCUCCAUGCCCGGCCAGGCAAGUCCAGUGCAGACGUACGGGCCCUGACCUACUGUGACCUGCACAAGAUCCAGCGGGCAGACCUGCUGGAGGUGCUGGACAUGUACCCCGCCUUCGCAGACGGCUUCUGGAGUAAGCUGGAAGUCACCUUCAACCUGCGGGAUGCAGGCGGGGGUCUCCAGUCAUCACCCCAACAGGCCCCAGGCGGCCAGGACCACCAAGGCUUCUUCCUCAGUGACAACCAGUCAGGUGCAGCCCCUUCCCUGAGCAUCUCAGAUGCAUCUGGCCGCUGGCGUGAGUUGCUGCAGCAAGUGCCCCCCAGGACAAGUCAGAGCCCCCCAAACCCUCAGGGAGACCCAGACUGCUGGCCUCGGGAGCUAGGCUCCAGGCUAGAGCAGCUCCAGGCCCAGAUGAACAGGCUGGAAUCACGCAUGUCCUCAGACCUCAGCCGCAUCCUGCAGCUCCUUCAGGAGCCCCCGCCCCAGGACCACACUGGCUACAUUCUGGGAGCCCCUGCCUCCAAUGACGCGGCCUUGUCUCCUUCAACCUCAGCGACUCAGAGUCCAGGAACUAGACUACCCCAGGGCGAUCUGCCCCCUGCACAGGUCCCCAGUUAUGGUGACCUGGACGAAUGGAGGCCGAAGCUCGGGAACUCCUCCUCCAGGAUGCUGGCCCCAGCCACAGAAAUGGACAAAACUGCAACACUGUCCUUGGAACAGAAGCAGCCUGAGGGGCUCCUGUCACCCUUGGCCUCACCUCUGCAUCCCCUGGAGGUGCAGGGACUUGUCUGUGGUCCUCGCUUUCCCUCCCUUCCUGAACACCUCAGCUCUGUCCCCAAAUAGCUGGAGUUCCAGAGACAUGGCUCAGAUCCUGGAUUUGUGAGGAGCUAG